AUGAGUGGACCAAAGUUGGAGAUUGUGGGCCAUAGAGGUUUUAAGGCUAAGUAUCCCGAAAACACAUUGCUAUGUUACGACAAGGCAUAUGAGGCUGGUUCCGAUGUGAUUGAAACUGAUUUGCAGUUGACCAUGGACGGGAAAAUUGUCAUUAACCAUGAUGUAGACACAGGCCGGAUGUGGGACCAAAACUUGGUGAUUGCGGAGUCGAAUCUUGAAGAUCUCAUGGUGUUGCGCAACAAGAUGGACCCGGCUAUUUCAAUCACGACGUUCAAGGAAGCGUUGCAAUGGUUGAAGGAGCACCCUAAAAUGAAGUUCAUGUUAGAUAUAAAGCCCACGAACAGCAAGGUCAUAUUAGUGAAGACCAUCCUCGAGAUGCGCGAGGUGGUGGACGAUUUGGAUUACUGGAGAGAGAGGUUGAUCUUCGGGAUCUGGAACGUGGAUUGGUACAAAUGUGGAUAUAUCACGGGCACGCUCAAGAAAUUCAAGAUAGUUGCCAUUCUCCCCUUCAGCAAAAUGGCUUCUAGGUUUAUUGAGUACUCGAACUCGCUAAACGACAGUGAUUACAAGCUCUACGGUGUGAGUCUCAACUUCCUCAACUCCUGGAAACCGGGUUUCAAGGAGCAUCUGUUGCCCUACUUCAAGGAAAACAACCUGUCGGUAUACCUCUGGACUGUGAACUCCGAACUCGAUAUACAACACGUUAUUAGCAGCGUUCCCGUCUAUGGAAUUGUCGUCGACGACCCGAUCAACUAUGUCUCCAUAAGGGACAGCUAUGCUAAGAAAUCCGAUCCAUUGGCGCAACCAGUCCUGAAUGGUGCCCAACGCCUAAAAGUUUAUCUCAGAUUGCAGCUUUUCGAACUAUUCGAAAUCAUCUUCAGUUCCAAGUAUGCUACAGUCCCAAUAGUUCGCGGGAUCACUCUAAUCCAGCUAACUGUCAUUUUACUAAGAAGACUUCAUUGUCUCUAA